CGGGAUCGAAAAACACGACGCGGCCUCAACUGUACUCUAGCCACAAAAUGCCCGAACAUCUCGAACUGCAGCAGCUGGUGGAUGGGGUGUUGCAAGGCACCACACGCCAUCGGUCCCUGUCCUGGCUGCAAUGCUCAUGUCCUUACCUAGGGAUCAUCCUUGCGACGGUUUCUUCAUUUUUCUUUUCCCUUUGCUCGGUCAUUGUGAAAGGACUUGUUGAUGUAAAUCCUAUUGAGUUGGCUACGUUCAGAUUUAUCGGAGUACUGCUUCCAUCGAUACCGAUUGCAAUAUACCGCGAGGAGACGUUUUUCCCGGAAGGAAAGCGCAUCAUACUGGUGCUCCGAUGCUUCGUGGGCACAACGGGACUCAUGCUCAGCUUCUACGCUUUCCGCCACAUGCCACUGGCGGAUGCGUCGGUCAUAAUCUUCUCCACGCCCGUGUUUGUAGCCAUUUUUGCACGACUGUUUCUUCGCGAGGCAUGCGGCAUGUUCAACGUCAUCACCAUCAUCCUGACGCUCAUCGGUGUGGUGCUUAUCACCAAACCACCGUUCCUGUUCGGGGACAAUCAGGUAUCGAUAGUGGACGAGCAGAUUAUGGAAAAUGGCUACGACAUUUGGGGCCCGGUGGCGGCCCUCUCGUCCACGCUGUUCGGUGCGAACGCGUACGUGUUGCUGCGUGCCCUGAAAGGUCUCCACUUUUCCGUUAUCAUGUCCAACUUUGGCGCCUUUGCCUUGCUUUACACGCUUAUAGUGUGCUACUACAUCGGUGCACUGUGCUGGCCACUGUGCGGGACGGAUCGGCUUCUCGUUAUAGCACUAGCCCUGUUCAGCUUCGGUGGCCAGAUACUGCUGACGCUUGCACUGCAGUACGAACAGGCGGGUCCGGUAGCGAUUGCCCGUUCGGCCGAUAUCGUGUUUGCCUUCAUCUGGCAAAUAAUGUUUUUCAAGGAAACGCCCAGCCUUUACUCGGUGUUGGGUGCACUGCUGGUGGUCAGCUCGGUGGUCCUCUCGGGGCUGCGCAAAUGGGCCCUAGCAUUGCCGAGGGAUUCGGAAACGAGAAAAAAAUUACAUUUCCUCUAUCUGGAAUAG